AUGUCGGCCCAUCUUCAUCUCUCUACGGAAUGGAUGCACCUACCUCGUAUGGAAAGCUUCGUGAAGAACGGAACUCCUCGGCGCUCGCAGAAUGGUCAUUCCGCAGAACACGGCAUGAAGUCCGCAAUGAAUAUGUUCUUCUCCAAAAACUCAGUCUCCAAAUCCCCAAGUGCCAAGUCGGUAUGGACUUUCUUCUUCGGUGCCGGCCCGCCUCCGACGCUCAUUCACCGGCAAGCCGCGCAAGCAACUCAGCAGAAAGGAUGCAUGCAUGCACUCCUUCUGCGAGGAAAGGCGCCUAGUCCGAUAGAUCAGCAGCAGUGGCCGGCAUCAUGCAAUCAUGCAAGACCUACAGCGGCCGGCCGUAGGGCUGAGGAUACCGCAUACGCUUUUCAGCUAUAA